CAGAUUGAAGUUAAAUAGAAAGACUAAAGAUGGCGACGACUAGAGGAACACAACAAAAUAUUCAAUCCAGCGUUAGCCACAUCAACACGGAAUGCAGCUUCAGAAAUGUUAAGUCAGUUGGCUAUGGCAUUCGGGAUAAUUGUGACACCAAAGUCUGAUGCUGCGCUGAGCUGAGAAACUUGUGGUGUUGUGUUCGAACAAUUUUAUCAGAAAAGCUUCGGCUUCAUGUGGCUCUUUUGCUAGCUCUCCAGCUAGCUAGCUGACACUGUUUUGGUACGGGUGUUGGACUGGAGGACUCAAAGGGAGUGCAGACUGUUAAUGUAUCCGUGGGACGGAUUCACUUAUGUAUCCCGAGAUUAUAGGAAUUUAACUGCUUGGCUACUCUACGUUAUUGUUGGCUAGAAUUAGGAUUUAUUCGUCAUGUAUUUUUUAACCGGCUGGCCCCGGAGGCUACUUUGCCCCCUUAGAAGUGAAGAGGAACCGUUUCACAUUCAGCCAAGCUCCCAAAGAUUUUACUUCGCUGUGUUGUCAGAGACUCAGCUCAGCAUCUGGUUCAGUCGGCCCAGUGUGCUGAUUGUGAGCUACGUGGAGUCGGCCAAGGCAGCCGCGCAGUUUGGACCCUAUCAGCAGGCCGAGUGGAAGCCAGAUGACUCCAUGAUUGCGGUGGUGGCUGCCAAUGGAUACGUGCUCCUGUUUGACGUGCUGGGAGGCGGGGAGGAGAAGUACCUCUAUGAGCCGGUGUAUCCCAAAGGGAGCCCUCGUGUGAAGGUGAACCCAGGGUAUAAGGAGGAGCAGUGUGCCCCAGCCCUCAGCCUGGAGAUGAAGAGGCCAGUGGAUCUGGAAGCUCCCGUCACCAGCCUGCAGUCCCUGCAGGAGGACCUGGUGGUGUCCACAGCCGACGGCUUCCUGCACAUCUUGCAGUGGAACGGCGUGUCCAACGGGCGCAAGGCCAUCAACCUGUGCACCGUGCCCUUCUCGCUGGACCUCCAAUCGUCUCGAGGUGGCCCCUCUCUGGACCUGAGCGGGGUGCACAUUCGGGACAUGGAGUACUGCGUGACGCUGGACGGCUUCGCGGUGGUGUUCGACGAUGGCCGCCUGGGCUUCAUCACCCCCAUGGCCAGCAGAUUCACCACAGAUCAGCUGCAGGGUGUAUGGGCCGCAGAUGUCACCGACGGCACGUGUGUAGCAGUGAACAACAAGUACAGGCUGAUGGCUUUCGGCUGCACCAGUGGCUCCGUGUUGGUCUACAUGAUUGACACUACUACAGGGUCAAUGCAGCUGUCCCACAGGCUGGAGCUGACUCCUAAACACUACCCCGACAUCUGGAACAAGACCGGACCGGUGAAGUUGAUUGAGUGGUCCCCUGACUACAGCGUAGUCAUGGUGACAUGGGAGUGUGGGGGCCUCUCUUUGUGGAGUGUGUUCGGAGCUCACCUCAUCUGCACGCUCGGAGAGGACUUCGCGUAUCGAUCAGAUGGUACGAAGAAGGAGCCCAUAAAGAUCAGCUCUAUGAGCUGGGGGGCCGAGGGGUACCACCUGUGGGCCAUCACCUGCAGUGAAGGGGGCCGGGGGGAUGAGGGGGGGGGCGGGGGUCCCCCUCCCCUCCAGCAGGCCGGGAUCCUGCAGUUCCAGUUCAUCAAGAGCGCCUUAACGGUCAACCCCUGCACGAGCAACCAGGAGCAGGUGCUCCUGAUUGGGGAGGACCGCCUGUACCUGACGUGUGGCGACCCGACCCAAGCCCACGCCCCCCCGGAGCAGCACGUGUCCCGGGACAGCAGCCCCCUUUACCCCCCGUCCCCCCCCACCUCCACCGCCUCUCAGGGAUUAAGCACUUUACUCGGACACAGGCACUGGCACGUUGUCCAGAUUCACAGCACAUAUCUUGAGAGCAACUGGCCUAUACGGUAUGCAGCCAUAGACACACAGGGCCAGUGCAUGGCGGUGGCCGGGAGGCGGGGCUUCGCGCACUACUCCUCCUUUACCAGGAAGUGGAAGCUUUUUGGGAACAUCACACAGGAGCAGAACAUGACGGUGACUGGAGGACUAGCAUGGUGGAACGACUACGUUAUAGUUGCCUGUUACAAUUUUAUAGACCAGCAAGAGGAGCUGAGGCUGUACCUGCGGUCAUCAAACCUGGACAACGCCUUUGCCAACGUCACCAAACUGCACUCAGACACUCUGCUGAUCAACGUGUUCCGCAACAUGGUGAUCCUCUUCAGGGCCGACUGCUCCAUCUGCCUGUACAACGUGGAGCGGAAGCAGGACAGCCCAAACUCUUCAGUUGUCAGUAUUGAGCUGCUGCAGGAAGUGUCCAUGUCCCGCUACAUCCCCCACCCCGCCCUGGUGGUGUCUGUCACUCUCACCUCCGUGCGCACAGAGACCGGCAUCACUCUGAAAGCCCCACAGCAGGCCUGCGUGGCAGAGAGCAUCAUGCUGAACCUGGCCGGCCAGCUCAUCAUGCUGCAGAGGGACCGCUCUGGCCCCCAGGUGCGUGAGAAGGAGGCUCCGCCCAAUCAGAAGAAACUGCUGCCCUUCUGCCCCCCGGUGGUGCUGGCGCAGUGCGUGGAGAACGUGUGGACCACGUGCCGCAGCAACCGCAAGAAGCGCCACCUGCUGGAGGCCCUGUGGCUGGCGUGCGGCGAGGCGGGCAUGAAGGUGUGGCUGCCGCUGUUCCCGCGCGACCACCGCAAGCCGCACUCCUUCCUGUCGCGCCGUAUCAUGCUGCCCUUCCACAUCAACAUCUACCCGCUGGCCGUGCUGUUCGAAGACGCCCUGGUGCUGGGCGCCACCAACGAGACGGUGCUGUACGACGGGCUGCAGGGCCCGCGCGAGCCACUGGAGGCGCACUUCCCCUUCUGCACCGUGGAGCGCACCUCGCAGAUCUACCUCCACCACCUCCUGCGCCAGCUGCUGGUGCGCAACCUGGGCGAGCAGGCGCUGCUCCUGGCGCAGUCCUGCGCCGGCCUGCCCUACUUCCCCCACGUGCUGGAGCUGAUGGUGCACGUGGUGCUGGAGGAGGAGGCCACCUCCCGGGAGCCCAUCCCCGACCCGCUGCUGCCCACCGUGGCCAAGUUCAUCACCGAGUUCCCCCUCUUCCUCCAGACCAUCGUGCACUGCGCCCGCAAGACCGAGUACGCGCUCUGGAACUACCUGUUCGCCGCCGUGGGCAACCCCAAGGACCUGUUUGAGGAGUGCCUGAUGGCCCAGGACCUGGACACGGCCGCCUCCUAUCUCAUCAUCCUGCAGAACAUGGAGGUCCCGGCUGUUAGCCGACAGCACGCCACACUGCUCUUCAACACUGCCCUGGAGCAGGGGAAGUGGGAUCUGUGUCGUCACAUGAUCAGGUUUCUAAAGGCCAUAGGCUCAGGAGAGUCAGAGACACCACCCCUUACACCAACUACUCAGGAACCGAGCUCGACGGGGGGUUUCGAGUUCUUCCGGCACCGUAGCAUCAGUCUGUCCCAGUCGGCAGACAGUCUGAUCCCCGGGAAGUUCAACCUGCAGAAGACCCUGAGCAUGCCUACCGGCCCCUCUGCAAAGAGCUCUGACAGGUGGAGCAGGGACAGCGACUGCGCGGAGAACAUGUACAUCGACAUGAUGCUGUGGCGCCACGCCCGCCGCCUGCUGGAGGAGGUGCGGCUCAAGGACCUGGGCUGCUUCUCCGCCCAGCUGGGCUUCGAGCUGAUUGGCUGGCUGUGCAAGGAGCGCACGCGUGCAGCUCGCGUCGACAACUUCGUCUCCGCCCUCAAGAGGCUGCACCAGGACUUCCUGUGGCCGUUCCCCGUCAUCCCCGCGUGCUCCAUGCAGAUCAGCUCCCCCUAUAAGAACGGGCGUUACCGUGCAGUGCUGGGUACACGGCUGCUGAAGUCCCAGUCUGCAGACAGCCUCCUGAACAGCGACAUGGACACCGCGCCCCCCCACGGCCCCCCCAACAGCCACAGCUGGCUGGACGGCCUGGGGGUGGAGCAGAAGGAGAUGGACAUGGCCUCCUCUGACGAGCCACAGCCUCAGGAGGCAUUCCUUUCACCCCUCAUCAACAAGGUGGACGAGUGCAGCAUCGGUUCAGCCACAGACCUGACUGAGACCAGCUCCAUGGUGGACGGGGACUGGACCAUGGUGGACGAGAACUUCUCCACCCUGAGCCUGACGCAGUCGGAGCUGGAGCACAUCUCCAUGGAGCUGGCCAACAAGGGCCCACACAAGUCUCAGGUGCAGCUUAGGUACCUGUUGCACAUCUUCAUGGAGGCGGGCUGCUUGGAAUGGUGUGUGGUCGUCGGCCUCAUCCUCAGAGACACAAACAUCAUCAAGCAGGUGGUCAGUUUCCUGGACUGCCCAGAGGUCGCGCCCGACACUGUGCAGAACGUGCGCAACGGCCUGCUGGCCAUAGACGCCUGGGCCUCGUCUGACUGCCUGGGCUACAAGCCCUUCCUCAGCCUGCUGCGCCCGCAGCUUCAGAAGCUGGCGGAGACGGUGGCCGAGCAGGUGCAGCCCGAGUCCUUCCAGCCCUCCAGCGCCUCCAAGCUGACGGAGGCCAGCAGCCCCCGGGCGGAGGAGAGCCGGGGCCCCGCCUCCCUGGGGGCCAGCCUGCCCCCCGAGGCCUCCACGGGGUCUGCACGCCCCAUGGAGGACUGCCCCGCAGAGGAGCAGGAGGAGCACAAUGAGGAGGAGGGGGCGUACGACUGCACCCUGUCCUGACCUCACUGCACAGGGGGGCCGGGGAGCUCCCACCCAACCGCAGGACAGGGACAGGAGUGAAGGUGGAAAGGACUCGCGAGCCCCCUGGUGGUCACUGAAGCUCAUUUCAGCUUGUAUUUCAUUUGUGUUCCUUCAGUUGCUUUUAUUUUACCGCUUUAAGCAUUACCAUGUUGGAAUGUGUGUGUGUGUGGAUGUGUGCAUGUGUGCGAGCAAGCGUUUGUGUGUAAGUGUGUUUUGUGUCUAUGAAAUUGAGUGUGAUAUGUUGAGCUUCUUGAGGACAGAAAGGAGUGAUACUCCAGCCUUGUUUGCUUAACACCUAAAAUAUUGACUCGUUAAAAAGCUAAGAGGGUUCUAGGAAGUGUCUGGAGCACAUGAUGUAUGCUUUUGAGCACUCUGUGGACAUACUGUCAGUAUUACCUUGAAACCCACCUUGUAGGCCCUUAUGAAUUGGAGGUAAUGGACAGAAGUGUAAUAGUUCAAACAGAGCGUAGGGUAACGCCCAAAUGGUAUACACGCCUCUAUUUAUUCUUCAGUGAGAAAUACACUCAAAUGGCUGCUUUAAAGCUACGUAGAAGUGUUACCUUCUCUUUAACCUCCACUCAGUUCUUGCCAUUCUCUUUACGGCCCCAUGUGGGAUGGUAAGCUCGAUGUGUGUUUUCUGUUUUAUUUGCUUGUGCUGUUGGUUCUGCUGUGUGAUGGCACUCCCAUAAUCCCGUCUGAACGUAGGAGUCCAUAUGGGAUGAUCAGAAGCAUUUUUUUUUUACCCUUAUAGGAUUCAUUUCAUUUCCUGGGAUUCCAUUCGACUGAACUUUGUGUAUUUUUUGAUCAUGUAUACAAAGACAUUAUGUGUAAUUGGGUAAAACUGAUGUGCAAAAAAAUAGUUUUGGAGUUCAGCCAGGGCACAGAAAUCCAACUGCACCCAAAACUGUUGUCCCCGAGCUGUAAGGUAGAUGAAAAACCAAUAAAUAUGUAAGCUCUGUCUUGCAUAUUUACUAAGAUAUGCUCUGGUGUGUCAUGAGGGGGGAGUGGGGUUACACUUGUUUUCAUAUUCAUAUUAUACAGGUUUAUUUUAGGAGAUCAAGCUGAUAUAGCUGUGAUAACCUGACUAUUGAUUUAGUCAGGCUAUCACAGGUGCAGCUAUAGUAACAUUACUUGAUAGAUUUACUCAGUCUGAUUAAUAUUAAUCAGAUUAUUUAUUUGAAAAUCUCUUAAAAAGUUACAUAAAAUCUGCUCAAGGGGAAUUUGGUAUGUUCUAAUCCUCAGGAUAUUUGUUGUGAAAUGUACUGCAUGCAUCAAAAAUGCGUCUGAGGAAAACACUUAUAGUGAUGAUGUCAUUGGGAUAAAAGUCCUUCUUAUUUAAGUGAAUGGAGGUGUCUUGAAUGGGUGAUUACUGUAUUGUGGUGACAGAUCUGUUGUGAUCUCAACAUUUUCUGAAGUCACAGUCCCAAAUUGGAAGACCUAACUGAAGGAUUAGUUUGGAGUUCCAUCAGAAUUGCAGUCUACAUGUUCUUUUUGGGUGGCUAAAGUACAGUAGAAAUGAGGUAAAUCUUAAAGUGAAGAAUUCCCCCAGCAAGCACACAGCGUAGGGUGUGUUAAACUUAGGGUGGGCCAGGCAUGGCAGGUCCGAGUCUAGGCUGUGUCAUUAGUUGACUGUGAUGAGUCCCUAGCCGAAGCCACAGUCUUUCUUAGGCUCUGGCCUGUAGAGAGAGAUGUUUAGCGAAUCCGCAUUGGGGAGAAAAUUGACACAGAAUCGUAUUUGCUGUUUAUUUGUAACCUUAUAGUAAACCAUAAACAAAAAUACACUUUCCCUCCAGUUCAUAAAAUAUCGUUCUUCAUAAUGUUUUUGGCAGUUUUAAUGGACCGAAAGUUCACUUACUCAGUACCCUUGUGCAGAGUGCAGACACAUAAAUCAUGAUUUGAUUGAUUCGAGUAAUUCAAAGUAUUUAGUCUGUUAUGCAGAAUGAAUAGGAAUAAGAUGGGUGUAGAUCUCCAAGACGGCUCAGCAAUCCUUGGUAUAUUUUAACCUUUACCUUCCACUACAGUUUGAGGAAAAAUAAAACUGUUUUUUAUUCUUUUGGUUUGGUCAAUUUCUACCCCAAAUUAUUCAUGUUGAUCCAGUGGCAAAGGUAAACAUUUUUAUAUAGUACCUCUUCGCAUGUAUGUAGUAAAGAUCAUUUUCAGGUCCUACAAGCCUCAGAGCUGACACCAAUGACCAGCAGGUGGAAAUGAGCGCAGAACAGGAAAGAACCCAUAGUUUCUCUCAGCGUUAAUGUAUCGUCUCCAACAGGUGUGGAGACAAAAUGGGUAACGUUAUACUGUCACUGUAUGACACUGCUUGACUGAACUUUGUACAAUAUUUUGGGAAUAGUGGUUUUAAGAGGGUUCAUCCCUGUUAGUCUGGAAUUUUAAUUGGUCUGUAUGGUGUCCGUAUAAUGUUUUAUGACAGAGAUGGUAUCUACUUGAGAGUUAACAGGCUAAAGACAGUGUUAACACUGGUAAAGGUAAACCAGUCAUGAAAAGAACUGGCUAACUGUGAUGACAACAGGAGCUGGAUUUCUGCUUUCAUGCUUUCAGUAUGCUUUUGACAGUAUAAAUCAAGUGGUACUGCAGUCUCCUGCAUCUACAAGGUUUCGCUUUAUUAUGUUAAUUAACCUGUCCACCUGUACCCAAAGUCAAGUGAACUGGUUGAGAUCUUGAUUUUGAGGAGUUGUUUCAUGUAGAAGUACAAUAUAGGAGGUAUUAUUAUUAUUACCUGGGCCAUUGAGGAACAUUGUAAUAAGGUAAAUAUACACCUUCAUUUCCAUAUUGACUUAUUUAUUUUUGUUGUGGCUAUACUAUCUUGGACUGCAUGUGCGUUUCAUGGAUGUGAAUAGUACUCAUUCAGGCUUUGUGCCCCUGUAUCUGACUUGAAGGUUGUAAAACAGGCUAUUAGUUCCAGGUGGGAGACAGGAGGUCGCUUUGAGAAAUUAAUGAAAAUGAGAAUCAUCGCAUUAAAACUGCAUUAAAGCCAAUAUAAAAAUAAAAUGUAUAUUUUAAUAGUAAUCGCAACAGGCUUUGCUUUAUGUACAGAGCACAUGCUUGAGAUAUUUACAGAUAAUUUUAGUGAGGUAUGGUAGCUUUUCCCCCCCACCCCUUCAUAUGUAAAUUUGUACCUACAACAGUAUUAAAAUGACGCUAGGAACAUUCAUAAAGAAGCAGUUUCAUAAACCGAGGCAGAGUUGUUACUACUUUUAUACAACGGAGCGGUCUAUUUUUAUAACCUUACGAUUUUUGGGCUUAGUUAUUUUAAACCCCUCUCCCCCCAGCUCAUAAUUUUUUGCCAUGCUCAUACGGACCAAAAUGUUUUUAGCAGCAGCUGAACUCCUUGCUGAUUCGGUAUCAGCUAUUUUUGUAUGCUGCAAUGUAAAUGCUCUUGCUUGUUCGAUAUCGCUUCAGUGCUUAUUGAUUUAUGUUUUCAAAAAGUUCAAUGCAAAGUGUCUGGCAGCAGUCUAGUUUUGGUUCGAACCAUGCAGUAUACCAAACUGAAUGGAAACAGGGUGGCGAUGGAAAUUGUGUGGUUCAUGGUUCUGAUUUCUAUGGUAUCCUUGACAGUCAGCUCUUCUGUGUUCCAUCAGGAAAUGCUUUUAUUUCCUCCACUCCUGUGUUAAACAGUAAAAAAGCUGAGUCAUGUCGCAGUGGUUUACCCACCGUAUUACUUAACCAAAGAAAUGACAUGCCACCCUCCAAAUGUCAGUUGGAGGUCUGUGUGCAGAUGUGUGUGUGAUGGUACACUGAUACAUGGGCCCCAGUAAGAAAACUCGUUCCAUAUUCACACCAAAACUAGCUCUCACAGGGGGAGCUUUGAGCCACUGUGCAGGUGAACGGAAGGAUGGACACGCUACAUAGAAAACGACGCAGCUUCAUUGACAUUAACAAGCCUUUUAAAGCAAAGUCAGUUGAUGGACAGACUUUACAUACGGAGGUACUAAAAGUGGUAACAGUAUAUUGUGUACCUUAAGUGUUGGGAGGACUAUCUUCCUGUGUACAGUAAAACAUUGCCUGGGUCUGACGGCCACUUUCAAUGCAGUGUAUAGAUCCCGUUUCUUGUACAAUUACUUUUCUACUUUUUGUUUUCUAUUUUAUUUCUCCUGUACAUAAAGAACAAUAAAUUAUUUUUAAAAACAAA